AAAAGCACCAUCUGCAAAAGUUCCAACCAUCUCCCAGUGCUUUACAGCCAUGGCUGACACUGAAGUGGACGACACUUUCAAGAACAGCUCACAUCUCGGAUCACCAACACUGCUGACCCCUCACUGUAAUGGGGCUGAAAGGGAGAAUCUCAGUGCAGAGUCCUCAGCCAAUGAGAGACCUGCUAAUACUGCUUCAGGUUCAUUACCUGCAGCCCGUUCUCAGCUCUUGCGGAUGCUGGAGGCCUCUGAGGCCCGCAGGUCUGCAUAUCUCCUCAGCACUGAAGAAGCGUCUACAGCCAGCGACGAAGCAGUCAUAGAGGCACCCAGGACAGAGAAAGAAAUCCAGGCCCCACAGCAGCCGCAGGAGUUUAAUGAGAGGCUCACUAGAACAGGCCGCCGCUCACUGUCCCGCUCACUCUCCCACUCUUCUGAAGACAAACGUAGCUCAGAAAGCUCAGAAGAGGAGGCUUCUCCUCGAAACAAGGAGCAGAAGAACUCUAAUGGAAACAACGACUUCUGCAUUAAGAACAUCCGUCAGGCAGCCUUCGGCCGCAGAGAGAUAGAAAUAGCAGAGCAAGAGAUGCCAGCACUGAUGAUCCUGAGAAAGGCAGCCCAGGGAGAGAAGCCACUAGCGGGCGCUAGAAUAGUGGGCUGCACCCACAUCACUGCACACACGGCUGUGCUGAUGGAGACUCUGUCUGUGCUGGGUGCUCAGUGUAGAUGGGCUGCCUGUAAUAUCUAUUCCAUCCAGAACGAAGUGGCUGCAGCACUUGCAGAAGGAGGUGUACCUGUAUUUGCAUGGAAAGGAGAGUCUGAAGAUGAUUACUUCUGGUGUAUAGAUAGCUGUGUUAACGUGGAGGGCUGGGAGCCAAACCUGAUUCUUGAUGAUGGAGGAGAUAUGACACACUGGAUCUAUAAGAAAUAUCCCCAACUGUUUGAGAAUAUCAAAGGCAUUGUUGAAGAGAGUGUCACUGGAGUUCACAGAUUACACCAGCUGUAUAAGACUGGAAAGCUCUGUGGCCCAGCCAUAAAUGUCAAUGAGUCAGUGAUAAAGCAAAAGUUCGACAACUUCUACUUCUGCAAGGAGUCUAUACUGGAUGGACUGAAGAGGACCACUGAUGUUACUCUGAGUGGGAAGCAGGUGGUUGUCUGUGGUUAUGGAGAGGUGGGAAAAGGCUGCUGUGCUGCACUGAAAGGGUUGGGAGCGAUUGUGUAUGUGACAGAAGUUGACCCCAUUUGUGCUCUACAGGCCUGCAUGGAUGGUUUUCAACUGGCCAGACUGAACGAGGUCAUAAAAAUGGUGGACAUUGUUAUUACCUGCACAGGAAAUAAAAAUGUAGUCCUGCGGGAACACCUGGAGCACGUGAAGAAUGGUUGUAUUGUAUGCAACAUGGGACACUCCAAUACAGAGAUUGAUGUGGCCAGCCUAAUGACACCAGAGCUGACGUGGCGGCGUCUAAGAGCACAUGUGGAUCACAUCGUCUGGCCAGACGGCAAAAUAAUAGUACUGCUAGCAGAGGGUCGACUCCUAAAUCUGAGCUGCUCGACGGUGCCUGUUUAUGUGCUGUCCAUCACAGCCACAACCCAGGCUUUGGCAUUGAUUGAGCUGUUUAAUGCUCCUGAAGGCCGCUACAAGCAAGACAUUUAUGUGUUCCCCAGGAAAAUGGAUGAGUUUGUAGCGGCCCUGCACCUCCAGAGCUUUGAUGCCCAUCUAACUGAGCUCACAGAUGAGCAGGUCAAGUACACUGGUGUGAACAAGAAUGGGCCAUACAAGCCAAGCUAUUACAGGUACUAAGUUGACUGGAGGGUGAAAAUAUGAAAACAUUCUACUCGUAACCUUAAAUGGAAAGGAUAAAACCAUCUGAACCUUGGAUCUGGAUUUUGCUGGCCUCCAUCUUCAUCCUUUUCACUCUACAGUGACAAAUGUAACAGGGAACAAACAUAAACAUCCAAUUUUGUGAAUUUUAUUGCAGAAUUUCUAUU